CCUUCCCCGGUUCCCGGAGGGGCUCCGGCAGCCGCCGCGACCUCCCUCCCCUCCUUCCCCCUCCAUCCCUCCCGCUCCCGGCGGCGGAGAGCGGCGGCUGCGGGCCGGGGAGCGGAGCAGCCCCCCCGGGGGCGGCGGAGAAGCGGAGCUGCCCCUUGUGUCUGUGUCCGUCCAUCCGUCCGUCCGUCCCCCCCCCGCUGCUCGGGGACCAUGGGAUGCUGCACCGGGCGCUGCACCCUCAUCUUCCUCUGCACUUUGCAGCUGCUCGCUGCGUUAGAGAGGCAAGUGUUCGAUUUCCUGGGAUACCAGUGGGCCCCCAUCCUCGCCAACUUCCUCCACAUCAUCAUCGUUAUCCUCGGCCUGUUUGGCACGAUUCAAUAUCGGCCUCGCUACAUAGUGGUGUAUGCCAUCUGGACUGCAAUUUGGGUCACCUGGAACAUCUUCAUCAUCUGCUUUUAUUUAGAAGUGGGAGGGCUCUCAAAGGACAGUGAACUCUUGACGUUCAACAUCUCCCGGCACCAAUCAUGGUGGAGUGAAAAUGGUCCUGGCUGUGUAAGGAAGGAGGCUUCCAUGUCUGGCAUCAAAGGGCUGGACAGUCACUCCUACAUCUCUGUGAUAGGCUGUGCCCUGGAGUACCGGUACAUCGAGGUCAUGCACAGCUCCUUCCAGAUCCUGAUCGCGCUGGUGGGCUUUGUCUACGCCUGUUACGUUGUUAGUGUUUUUACAGAAGAAGAAGACAGCUUUGAUUUCAUUGGUGGAUUUGAUCCAUUUCCUCUCUACCAUGUCAAUGAAAAACCCACCAACCUUUUGUUCAAGCAGACAUACCUGUAA